UCUUUCCUUAUUGCGAGUUAUGACUCAUUCCCCCGGUUCUCGGACAUUCUCUUCUGGAUUCUUUUCGGCAAGUAGGCGCGGCAGAAAAAAAAAAGGGAGAGACUUCGUUCGACCAGAUGUGCGAUCACGUGACUCUGGGUUCAAAGGUCUUAUCUCUCCAGGCGUGGCGCCAAUAAGUAGAGAAGGGGGAUUUUUCGCCGUAUUAGCUAUUUGUCAUUGAUCGCUUCGCAACUUUUUUUUCUCCGCUGUGUAAAAUUUUCGUUUCAUUUAUUGAUGCACGUGUGAAUUUUUCGUUUCGCUUAUUGAAAUAUUUUUUUAUUUAUGUACGCAAGAGAAUUUCACUUUGAAAUUUCAGCAUAUGAAACAGAAAUUACCCCUUAAAAAUUCAUAUCUAAUUAGUUUUACAGCAUUAGAUCCAGAGCUAAGAGGUAAAACCAGUACAAUAUUAGCUUUUGAAAAAUUAUCAUCUUUUAUGUCCCAUAUUUUUAGUGAUAAUGAAAAGUCAAAAGUAGAAGCUGAAAUAAGGUUACACCAGAGUGAUAUUGAUAUCACCAAAGAAAUGCUCUACACAUCUGAUGAAAGUGGAAAUCAAGUCAAGUGUACAGUUGAUAAAUAUUGGCCUAAAGUUUUUAAUUUAAAAGAUGAUUUCACAAAUGAUUAUAAGUAUCCUACAUUGGCUAAAUUGGUCAAAGCCUGCCUUAGCUGCUUCCAUGGCCCAUUAGUGGAAAGUGCAUUCAACUUAAUGGAUACUCUUGUCACUGACUAUAGAACCUCUCUUAAGAUUGAUUCCCUAGAUGCAGUGCAGACUAUUAAAUAUGAUUUAAUGGCUUCUAAAGAAACCUCAUGUGAAAAAUAUGGCUCAAAAAAUCCAAUGACUGAUCCAAUUCACAAAGAUCUCUUACUGAAUAUGAACAGAAGUUGGAAAACAUAUCAAGAGGACUUAAAAACAUGUAUUUCAGAUGAGUCACCUAUAAAAGUCUCUGAAAAAUCUUCUACAUUAGCAGAAAAGCAAACUGCUUCUACCUCUGCAUGUGCAGUUCUCGAGGAAAUUUCUUCAACUGUAAAUGAGGAAAAUAAAAGUCAACCUUCCUGCAAUUAUGAAAUUCACCACAAAAGAAAGACAAGCCCACAAACAUCAGAAAAUAAAAAAAAGCAGCAGAAAUUAGAUAAUUUUUUUAAAAGAAUUAAUUCAGGUCAUUCAAUACUUCAUAAUUGUAAUUUUUCAUUUCUCCCCUCCCCCCUUCUCGAAACUCCAAAAUGCCGGUAGUAAGUCCGUAAAAGUUUCAGGGGAUUUUUUGGGGUCCCACA